UAAUAUCUACUCUAAUAUAUAUAUAUAUGAUCUCUAAUCUCUACUCUAAUAUAUUGAUUAGCACUAGUCCUCUGGCAGCAUGCAUAAACUUGAGCUGCUCCUGAAUGGGCCUCAAUAUAGGGCAGGUUAAGAAACAAUACAGGAGGUCAGAGGUUAGAACAGGCACAAAUAAUCCCGCUCGUUCGCUCUUCUGGAUUAAUGCUCUCAUCCCAACAGACGUAUAGUUUGUUUACAAAAGUAAAUGAAAAUGUUUUUUUUUUAUGGAAAGGCUGUGUUUUGUUUUAUUUAUUUAUUUUUUGGGGUGUUGUAGUUUAGCCGGCCCGUUUGUGCAUUGUAACACAGAGCAAGAUGAUAAGGAUAAGUGCUCAUUUAUAAUGAGCAGGCAGACGGCGUCCAUCAGAGGCAGGUCGUAGGCUCGACAGUGCAAACGCAGUUUGACGACAGCCCGCCUGUGGAGAUUCUCCGAUGCCCGUAAAACACGAGGCAGAUCAUGCCGUGUAAGGUAUGAGGUGUGCUGUAAUAAAUCCACGAAGCGUCAUCGAGGUUCCCGCUGCUUCACAGUGCAAAGUUGCAAAUGAGGACGAUAACUUGUAAGUUUCGUGAAAACGACGCUGCGUGUCCCGCACUGUCACGAGCCCGCGGCCGCUCUCGCGACCCGCGCUCGCUCCCCUCCACCUGCCCGCCCGCCCACGCGCCGCACGACCGCUGGGCGACAGGUUUUUCUUUAAGAUUCACUGGCGCGUUGAGUCGCAUGCGUGUGUGUGUGUGUGGGGUAUACCUGUGACCACACCAUCGGUACAGGACCGAGCUGAGAGAGCGGCUCAGAUCCCAUCAGAUUCCCACCCGAGGGACGUCCAGACGCCGGUCCCUGCGCGGGCGAGCCGACAGGUGAAGGACGGCACAGACCGAUGCUCCCCACGGCGAAGGCGGGCCGCGCUCCGUAGGGGGGGCAGAGACGGGAGAGCGGAGAAGGAGCGGACAUCCGCCCGCGCAGGCCGUUCCGCCGCAGAGCACUCGCCGCUGGUGUUGCGCUGACCGUUGCCGGGGAGACGGUCCCCCUCCUCCCUCCCCUCCCCCCCUCGAGGAGAGAUGGAACCCCGGGAGCUGCUGGGAGCAGAGGGGGAUGCUGGGAUGCUGGGCCUGCUGGCGCCCAGUCCGCAGAGCGAGGCCGUGACCCACGAGCUGGAGGAGCUGUCGCUGCAGCCCAAUCAGAACCUGCCACCCCUGGACGAGCGCAAGAACGUUCUCCAGCUCCGGCUGCAGCAGAGGCGCACGAGGGAGCAGCUGGUGGACCAGGGCAUCAUGCCGCCCCUGAAGAGCCCAGCAGCUUUUCAUGAGCAGAUCCGCAGCCUGGAGAGAGCCCGGACCGAGAACUUCCUGAAGCACAAGAUCCGCAGCCGGCCGGAGCGCUCCGAGCUGGUCCGAAUGCACAUCUUGCAGGAGACGCUGGCGGAGCCCUCCUUGCAGGCCACCCAGCUGAAGCUGAAGCGCGCGCGGCUGCCUAGGGACGGCAUGGAGGUCCUGCGGUCCGGACCCCCGGACCCCGGGCAGGCUUUCAGCCGCGGCGCGGGCGGCUGUGGGGUACGGGCUUUCGUUAAAAACUGCACCCCCAAAACAGAUCAGUCUGACAAGCUGCCAGUGCGUCUGCCCGCUGGGGGCUCCGUGCGCGACCCUCAGCCGGCUCCCUCGCUCUCGCCCCCGCAGCAGAGCCAGCCCAAGUCAGCCGCCGACAAGAGCCGCAGCAAGAAGGGGAAGGAGGUCAAGCCCCGGGUGAGGAAGCUCAAGUACCACCAGUACAUCCCGCCGGACCAGAAGUCGGAGCCCAGCGAGGUGCCCAUGGACUCCUCGUACGCUCGCCUCCUGCACCAGCAGCAGCUCUUCCUGCAGCUGCAGAUCCUCAGCCAGCAGCAGCAGCACUACAACUACCAGGCCAUCCUGCCCCUGCCUCACAGGCCUGUGGCUGAUGGCCAGAACAGCACUGCCAAUGCCUCCCUCAACAACAACAACAACGUGCCCACCUCCAUCGUCGUGUCCCUGCCCGGCGUGGGCAGCGCCGCGCGCCCCAACAACAGCCUGGCCCUCCGCAAGCCGGGGCAUCUGCCCGCCAACCUGGACGACAUGAAGGUGGCCGAGCUGAAGAUGGAGCUGAAACUGCGGGGCCUUCCUGUCUCCGGAACCAAGACGGACCUCAUCGAGCGGCUCCGGCCGUACCAGGAGAACGUCGCCUCGGAGAAGGACCGCAGGCUGCACGAGAAGGAGCGGCAGAUCGAGGAGCUGAUGCGCAAGCUGGAGCAGGAGCAGAGGCUGGUGGAGGAGCUCAAGAUGCAGCUGGAGGUGGAGAAGAGGGGUCAGCAGCAGCAGCAGCAGCCGCCGCCAGAGCCCGGCCCCCCCGCCCCCGUCAAGGAAGAGGGCAAGGCCCCCCAAACCCCCACCCCGCCCCCCCUCGUCAAGCAGGAGGAGCCCCGCUCCAGCCCUCCCCAGCAGCCCCAGAUCACCCCCUUGCCUCAGUUCUUCAUCAGCCCCCAGUCAGUGCCACAGGUCCUGGCACAGCCCCAGACCCUGCUGACUGCUCAGCCUGGCACCCAGAUCCUCCUGCCCGUCUCCCUCCCUGGCACCACCAACGCCAUCCAGCUGCCCGCGGCCAGCAUGAAUCUGAAGAUGCAGCCAGUUGUCCAGGCCGCCGUCUCUACUCAAGCCCCAGGCCUCGCUCAGGCCUCUGGGCCUCAGAUGCCGCCCCACAACCCGGAGACGACAAGUCCUCCGCAGCUACCCAGCCAGAACCAGCAAGUGACGCAGGCCUUCCCAGCCUGCUCUGGUUUCCAGUUCGGCUCCAGCCAGCCAGUGACUGACAUCCCCCAGUGUUUCCUGAACGCCUCCCCGGAGAGCAGGCCUGCCCGCAGGGCCUCCCCCAGCCACUCGCUGCCUAACGGGCCGACGCACAAGCCCCCCUUUGUCCUGCAGCCCUCCGUCUUCCCCCGCCACCCCCCCAAGAGCAAGGACCCGCCGCGCUACGAGGAGGCCGUGAAGCAGACGCGCAGCCUGCCGGCGCACAGCAGCGGCACGCAGGUUCCCACGGCGACCAGUCAGCAGAUGGACGACCUGUUUGAUAUCCUGAUCGAGAGUGGAGAGAUAUCCCCUUUCAUCGGCGAGGACCCGCCGGUGGCGGCCAAGAUGAUGCCCGUCACCGCCAGCAUCACCACCCUGCCCAUCAGCACGGUGCUGUCCCGGCCGCCCCCCCAGGUGCAGCUGGCGCCCCCUUCCUCGCUGGUCCCCGAGCCCGCGCCCAGCCUGGCCUCGCUGGCCUCCGACAACCAGCUGGAGGCCCUCCUGGAGGGCACGCUGUCGGCCGAGCCCGAGGCCCGGGCGCUGGGGGCGCCCCGCCGCGAGCUGCCCCUCAUGGAGGACCUGCACUGCCCCCUGCUGGACCAGCCGCACUCCCCCAUGGACACCUCCGACCUGCACUUCGCCGACGGCCCCCCCGCCUCCGCCUACGACCUCCACGACGCCAACCUGGACAGCAUGGAGUGGCUGGACCUCACCGUGCCCGGCCCGCCGGGGGGACUCCACCCGCUGGGCGUCUCGCCUGGGGCGGGCGUCUUCUCCUCGGACUUCCUGGACGCCCCCGAUCUGCAUCUGCACUGGGACUGAGGUACCCCGCCUGGGCCCUCGUCCUGUCGUAAUGAACGAUCGCAGUGUUGUCCCCCACCCCCCCCCUCCUCCCUCCCUGCCUGCCGGCCAGAUCAUCCUUUUCCCCUAGAUAUCGGGGUGCACUGGCGGGAAAGGGGCCCGGGGGCGCCUCUUGAGCGCUGCGCCUCCUGGAGCUCAGGGGGUGAGGGUGCGAGUGCAGUGAAGCACCAUGGUCGUCCUCCUGGGUUUCCUCCCAGCUCCAGCAGGGUGAGGACAACCAGGCAGGACUCGAGCACUUCGGCCCUUGCUGUAACUUGUGCCAAACAGGAUAGGCAGCCCUUUCGAGACCGGCAUCUCGAUCUGCACAGGGAGUGUCGCCCUGGGAUCUCGGGUUCGGGAAGGCUGGACGGGCAGCGCAGCCCACUCUCUGGCUCGGUGGCAUUAAAACUCACCAACUUGUAGGGGGGAAAAGCCCCUAAGUGUGGGGGGGGGGGGGAGAAGGGAAUUGGGAACGGCUCUUUUUUCUGAAAAGAUCUGAAAAGAGAAUCGGGCUGGGAGUCCGAUGCAGUGGUGCCUGCUGCCUUUCAGAACCGCACUACUGUAGACAGAGGGGCUCCCUGUCUGUGACUGAGCCACCACCCCAGUAAUCGGCAGACAGAAUUAAAAGGCCCGUGCCAACGUUGUAAUCUUGCGUCCGAAAAUCAAGGAGAAACAGUCAAUGUUGCUCGCCUCCCUGCUCCUGUUACUGCCUGGGUUCCUGUGGGAAUGCACUGUGCCGUUGGCGUUGAGGUGACAGGGCUCGGCUGGAGCUCUGGAAGUUUCCCUCCGGCACAGGGAGCCUUUCUCUGAAAGGCAGGGAGCAGCAGGGGGAGGAGGCUAGGAGCCGACACAGUACUAAGAUGUUUUCUGAAACGGUGAAUUCUAAGGGAAAGUGUUCUUUUUUUUUCCCCACUUUGUUUUGUUGGACUUUUUUGUUUUUUAAUAUGGCAGAAUGUCCGUUUUGAAAGGAUAAUGAAAUCGACGGCUCUAGGACAGUCCGUAGAAGACUUUGUAAAUACCUUUGUAAAUUAUUUCUUUGAACGGCUUUUUUUUUUUAAAGAAAAAGGAAUUUUGUAACUGCUGUACACAGAGAGGUUUACUGGAUUGGUGCCUUGUGAAGAAUAGCAUAGUACCUGAUCCCUGCGGACUGACCCCCCCAACGCUGCGGUUAAAAUCUGGGGGGUAUCGGAAGCAACAUCCCACUACAGCAGACAAACACGUUCACCUUGGGGAUAUUGAGCGUGACAGGCGCACUGACAGUUUCUUGAACCACCGAGACAUGAGGUGAAUUCAUUUUGCUGACUAACGCUUGUUGUCGGCAGACGGAAAGCCGUACGGUACGGAGCUGGAGCUCCGCAGUGCCUGGACCGCCCCCCUGAUCCUGGCAAGGCGCUGUGAUUCGUGGUCUGUUGCAGACGGUGCCAUCUUUCCUGCUGGAGCUGCCUGACUGUGACACGCCAGACGGCGAGCAGCAGUACGCGGGCUUAGCCCGGCCUCUGGCACACCCAGGGCACGUGGAAGCAUGUUCUCUUGAUGUUCAGCAGGCGACAACACCUCCUUUCCUGGGCCCAGCCAGCCAGUUGUUCUGGGAAACGGAGGGUGAUUCCCAGUCCUGGUGCUGGGGACCCCCAUACCUGCUGGUCUUCACUGCAGCUGAGCUCUCGACUUGAAGCAGUCUUCACUCAGCCCAACAAGUCUCUUGUCUGGAGCCUCUGCAGCAUUUUUCUUUCUGUUCAGAGGUUGGCAGAUUAACUCUGGAAACUCAGAAGUCAAAAAAGCAGCCUCCUACACAUGUACUGUAGUAACUGAGAACGGAGUUCAAAUUAAGGGUUUCAGUUACUUAAUUGAGAGCUCAGGAACAAAUCGCAGCGCGUGCAUGGGUUUCCAGGACCAGGAUGGGGAACCCCUGAUUUGAGCGCCCUCCGGUGGCCGGCGAAGGACAUUGCAUCCAAGUCCCGCAGAGGAGCGGAAGGGGCGAGAGACCACGGGGCGAGCCGAAAGAGAAUGGCAACACUAACGAGCUGAAGAAAAAGUGACACGGUGACGAGCCAGAGGCUUGCUUCCCCCCGCUCGCGCUGGGCACGGGCACCGUGGCGUCGCUCGGAGUUCUCCCCCAUCCCUCGCGCUCGCCGGCCGGUCUCGAGGCCGCCGCAGGCAGCCAUGGCCGCUGCUCGUGCAUCAUUGAGAGCGCGCACUAAUAACGCUGUACUUCCCCGACACUCCUCUAGGGGGCUCCCAGUGCAAGGACCCGCACUGCCCCGAAUUUACCCAGGGGGGGUUAAGCCCAUCCCACAAUGCACUACAUCUUUUGACGGCAGCCCAGGACAGUGAAUCAGGCGCACAUAGAUUCAUAGCAUAACACUGGAAGGGAAAAAACAACGUUUCACAUGCAGACCGCCAUGCUGCUACUCUCUCGAUGUCCUGUAGCGUCUGUAUCCUCAGCAGUUUGAAUAGCAAUCUGACAGCAACUGGCAGACUGUAGACGUAUUGGCAUUAGUGUCUGGGAGGCACAGCGAGCUGCCUUAACUAUUGAAGAAUUGCUAUCGCCUGUGCACACUUGCACGCUUGUUAGGAGCUGAGGACAGCUGGGCCGCGCUCUGACAGCAGAGCUGUUGCCAUGUUGCCACGUGACCUUCUGCCUCAAAGAUCACUCGGGACUGUCUCCCAGUGUCCAGAGACUGACCGAAGCCACUCGUUUUGACUGGAGCUGUCAUCCGGAAUGUGUGUGUGGGGCUCGGGAAUGCGGCCAAAAUCUGCCGCCAGGUGGAGGUGGGGUAGCCUGUGGGGGAGAGUGAGGCAGAGGUGGGUGCUGGGUAUUGUAGACAGCGUGGGGCCACCCGUCUCCAGCGGUACGGCGACGAGGCUCUUGAUGCGCGGGGUCUGAGCUGCAGGUGCUGUUCCUCUGUGUGGGGCAGCCGACCAGGUCCCGCCCAGUCUGUGCUCCAGCUGCCAGGUGGAGGACAGAUCUGUUCUUAUUGCCAAGGACUCAGCUUUGCUGCUCCUGCUGCUGUGAAGGGAGAUGUGAACACUAGUUUAGGAGCAAUAAGAGCUGUGAUGGACUGCUUGUAUGUGUGACCCUUUUAUUUAGGGCACUUGAUAAGAUGCAGAUCUGAUGAUGAUUGUGAAGGGUGGUGGAGUGGGUAUUUUUUAAUCGAUUUUUGCAAACAUCAUCAUCCAGUGUUUAUCUUCGUGUUGAAUUUCGCUUAGUAAGAUGUCUCUGCGGAGACAAGCUUGCCUGGAAGAGCUGGGGGAGUUUCCUUUGAUCAAAGCUCUGCAGAUACUCAUCAGAGGUUCUGUCAGAGACCACAACAAACACAAAUCGUGCUGCUUAUUGCUUGCCAGAAAGAUAAAACAGUGGAAGGAAGCCAAAGAUGAAAAAUAGCAGGGCUGAAGAGUAAACCUAGCCAGUGAUCAAAAUUAUAUUUUUGUGGUGGAAGAAAUGUGUUUGAGAUGGAGAAGACUGUAGAUCAGACCGUGAGCUGCUGGGUUCCCAGGGUUAAUUUGGGGGUGGGGAAAACAUUAAGAACGCAUUAUUAGCAUCACAAACAAUCCUUUGUACCUCAUGGUAGGGUGGAAGUGAGUACUGAGCCUGUAGGCCAUGUCACUAUCUCCACAGCACUUCAAGAUCUGCAGCAGUUGUGGUCAAACAGGACCCCGACAGGACAGGUGGCAGGAACACACCCACAGAAUCAUCUGAUCCAAACCUGCCGUUGAUUAAGCAGAUCUGCUGUGGUCGCUAGGAAGGAGCCGGUGCGAUCGAAUCCACUCUUUUAACGGUCUGCAUCACGGGUGAUAUUUUCCGUUUUGUAUCCAAAGACAGACCAAAAUGAGAGAAAAUGAAUCCUGCGUGUGUAGAUAAUGACACAGCAGUGCCAUCUCAUGGGCAACAUGGGCAGCAGUGAAAGAACGUUUUAUGGCCACAUAAACGCACACUUCCUUGUCAUCUGUGCACACAGAGAGACGCCAUUGUUACUGUCGCCAGGAAGUCUGUCAAGAUCGCUUGUUUCGCCUGGUUACCGCUGCCAGCGGGUGGCGGCGGCUGGGAUCCAGACGGGUCCUGAGCCCGGGUGGCGCUGUUGCCGUGACGCCGGCAGCGCCCCGAGUGGCGGGGCGAGGGGGGGCCCGCUGACAAAAGAGAGCCGCGUUGUUCUGCUUCGACGUCGGAGCAGGACGGCGAGUCAGAAGCCGCCUGUUCGCACUCAUCCGGGCCCCCUGCUCGCAGCUCCCGUUAGUGGGCAGUUUUCACGCUGAGGCAGCAGGCGGGCGGGCUGCUGUCAGGAGAGGCGGGAGGACUAGGGCGGGACAGCGCCCCCUGUGGCUGCCACACACACUGCAAGGGAGGAAAGGGAGGGGUCGCAGCAGGAGCUGCGUUGUUUUGCCAAAGAGGGCAUUUCUGUGUGCUGUGCCCUUAGAUUGUAUUUGUAGGAACAAUCAGAACGUGCUAAGAACCACAGAUGGGGUUUUUUUCAGUUCAAAAGUGUAGAUACCGAAGAGUUUUUGUUGCGCAGGUGUUUUAUUUUUUUUAUCUGUCUAUCUAUACAUGAGCCACCAGACACAGCACCGGGCCAGAAGUAAUUAAAGGGAAAUAGCUGUGCAGGGCUUCAGUGUUGGGGUCGGUUUCACUCUGCUUCCCUGCGUCAGUGGCUGGAUCAGCGGGGAUCGAAUCGUGUGGGGGAAGCGAGGGGCUGAAGCCGUUCGCUCUCGAACCCUGUCGUCCAGGUGACCGGGGUCGAGGGGCUCUCGUCUCGUGGCGCGAGGUGGUCAGUCCUCAACAUCCUGUCGGAUACCCCCGGGAAGCAGUUUGUGAAAACAAUUCAAAGAUGUGGGUUUCAGAUGACUCCUGGAAAUGUAUCAUUUUUAAGCACUUAAACACGACAGUUCUGUCUGCAAGCGGAGUCAAGCGCGCGGGGCUAUAUAUACUGUAUAUUUCUGUUUCGUGCCUUUGCCUUGUUCCUUUUCAGUCCAGUGUUCUUUUUCUGAGCAAGCGAGUCACGCGUUCCAGCUGGUGCCCAGCCUCGGUGCGGCAACACGCCUGCUGUUUUAAAAGGGCGAUUUGUGUUGUUAAAGUGUCCUGUGCUCACCGGCUCUUUGAUCACCUAAAGCCUUGUUUCUGCCUUUCGAAAAUCAGCAUUGCCCGCAGACCGGCCACAGCCACGCUCUUCAGCAUGUGCUGACACAGAGCGCGAGUCCUUCUGCUUACCUCCCUCACAGGUGACGCACUGCAGAAGCAGACCUCUGAGGUUAGUUGGGAGUUCGGUCUUUGAACAUUUCAGCAUCCCCUGCACGUGGUUUCCAAUUCAUAGUUUGUAUGCCAUAAGUUUUGCACAUUGUGUAUAUAUUUAUAUAUAAAUGUAAUGCGUAUUUUUAUACAUGUGUAGCACAUCUAUGAGCUCUAUUUUGUAAAUAGUUGCAAUGGAGAAACUGUUCGGUAUAUAUAUCUGCCUUUUUUGUGUCAAUAAAAAAUUGGUGACGUAC